UUCGCAUGAUUCAAUCAGCUGCCGACAUCGCUGGAGGAUGGUAGCAAGCGUAACAGCAACAAUUAUGGUACCAUCGGCAGGAUUACUGCUUUGGAAGCUAGCACUGGUAGUUCAGAUCUUCGGAACUGCUUAUGGAUCCUUACGGGUAACAGAUUCAAAAAUAGAUGAAGACAUCACGAGUACGUUCUUGCCAAAUGAAAGGGAAUCAAUAGACGAUUGCCAUCUGCGGUACUACAAAUAUGGACACGGACCGGAACCAUUGCCUGCAUUUGGAAGGCCAGCAUAUUUGCGGGAAUUCGCCCAUAUGGCUGCUGUAGGAUGGACGAGGGAAGGUGGAAAAAUCGAAUGGAGCUGUGGUGGAUCACUGAUCUGGGAGAACUAUGUGCUGACGGCGGCCCAUUGCGCAGCAGACGAUAAUACUGUUGAGCCCGAUGUGGUUCGCCUUGGUGAUAUUAAUUUGUACGACGACUCGGACAACCAGUACGCGCAGCAGCUUAAGAUUGUCGAAAUUAUACGCCAUCCGGAACAUCGAUUUAAUUCACGGUACCACGAUUUGGCGCUGCUGAGGUUGGAGAAGAACGUUGUCUUACACGACACGGUGGCUCCGGGAUGUUUGUGGAACGACGAGGAAAUUCCCUUUCCAUCGAUGAAAGCUACCGGGUGGGGUUCUACCGGGUUCGGUCAAGCUAACACUCCAAUAUUGCUGAAGGUAUCGUUGAGCAUUGUCCAGAAGGCGCAAUGCGAUCAGCACUAUCGCAAAGGAGAUCGUGGGUUAAAGCAGGGUUUGCAGAACUACCAUCUGUGUGCGGGUGAUGUUAAAAUGGACACCUGUCCGGGAGAUUCCGGUGGACCACUGCAGAUGAAGUUGCUUUCCAAUGCAAAGAUGACACCGUUCAUUAUAGCGGUAACUUCCUUUGGUAGCAUCUGUGGACAAUCGGUACCGGGAGUGUACAUGAAGGUUGCACCGUACAUACCCUGGAUACGUUCGGAGCUGACCAAAAGGGGAGAGCAAGUGCAGGAAUGGAGUUUCAAGCCUUAUGCGUGCGCACUAAGAUACAUACACCUGAGAGAGUACGAGGAUGACGUAGUUUACUCCAAGUCUGACAAAUUCGAAUCGCUUGAUUCCAGUAAGGCACACAUGAGUAUCCUCUCGUCGACACAAACGGUGAAAAUACAUUGGCCAGCGGGUACGAAAGGUCCUGACGACUGUUACGGUGUAAUCAUCGACGAGGACACUGUUGUAACACUUGCCCGAUGUGCUAGUUUCCAAAGGAAGACGGCAUCGCAUAUAACCUUUACUAAUAAUACACGAAAUGAUGUAGUGAAAGCACAUCGCCAUCCUCGGUACAGACCGAACUCGUACUACAACGAUGUAGCCAUUCUAAAGUUAAGAGAUAGAUUCCAAUUUUCAUCUAAGUUCGUUCCUGCCUGCAUAUGGAGUGCAUUCAAUCUACCCGAUCCGCAGUUUUACGUUACCGGGCAGGGGCGGUUGGAUUUGAAUGAGUUUAGCUUUAAAACUGAAAUGCAGAAGGAAUUUAAACCGCAAAUCGUGCAGGUAUCACCGAGAGCAGACAUUCACCAGCAGACGAACUGUAGCAUCCCGGAAGAAUAUCUUCCUAGUGUGCCGAACGGACUGGCCCAGGAGCAUUUAUGCUUCGGAAACAAACCCUUCCUGGUGCCCGAGUCCUGUCAGAUGUUGUUUGGAGCACCGUUAAGGCGUAACAUUUGGCGAUUGGGACGACACUUUGAGCACAUCUACGCACUAAACCUGUUUGGGAAGGACUGUGGUUUUGGACGCUCUGCUGUAGCGACUCGGUUAGGGCCACAUCACGGAUGGAUGAAAUCGGUCCUGCUUGCUAAUUACAAGGAGACGGACGAUUCGGUACACUUUAUCAAUUCAGAUCUGGUCGAGUACGAUCAGUGUACGGCACCCGAUGGAAGUGAAGGACUUUGCACCUAUGUGCAGCGCUGUCCGAAGGUUGCGUACGAUGCGCAGACAAACCGGAAUGUGCGUUUCUGUAACAGCGGUUCACUGGUGUGUUGCGCAUAUGAGCACAUUAGAAACGCAACGCGCGCUAGUGCAGCCGCAAAGGAGCUGGAUGAUUGUGAGGGUCGCUACCGAAUGUUUCACCAAGAAUUUCAAUAUUGGCAACCUGACAGAAUCGACCAAUAUUAUCACAUGGUUUAUGUCGGAUGGGAAAAUGGUCGGCAAACGCAGUGGAAUUGCCCCGGUACCUUAAUUACCCGUAGCCUGGUGGUUUCGUCUGCUUACUGUCUGUUGGGUGUAGGAACUCCACCAACGGUAGCCAAUAUUGCCGAAGGUAAUCCGAAUGUUACCUGGUACAAUCCGGUGAUGGCUCGCAUCCGAGAAGUGAUCAUCCAUCCAAACUAUAAUUCUACGGCUUUGCUACACGACAUUGGACUUGUGCGAUUGGAAAGGGAUAUUGUCCCAACGGCACGCAAGUAUCCAAUCUGUUUGUGGCAGAAUGAAACCCACACACCCUUCUUCCUCCAGAGGAAGGUCACAGUCGACGAUGAAUCAAAGUUCGUCGAGAGCUAUGCGAAGUAUAACAGCGAUUGCCAGGAGUAUCUAGCAAUGCGCGGAAGUCGUAAGCUACGUACGUCCGAGUUAUGUGCGGAUGUCGAUGCGUAUGAUCCACGCUCGUUUACUGGAGAUCCGCUUGUUUGGUACAAACGUAAUACGGUUGACAACUCCUCGACACAGUUCUUGGUCGGCAUGCUAAGCUACGGUCGAUCUCGAGAUGAGCUGUACGUGCACACACGUAUUUCAUCGUACAUUAGUUGGAUUAAAAGUGUGGCCUAAAUCAUGCCUGUAUCUAGCAUACUAAGCAACGCAUUUUCUGUAUCAAGGUGGAAACAUAAUACAAGGUACACAAUGAGAAUAUUUGAA